UGUUUGUUUACAUGGCAGGCGACCGGAGGUAGGCUCUUGUAAUGCUCGAGGAAACCUCAUCGCAAUGGAGGAGCACAAAAGUCAUCUAACAUACACAUUAUAUAUGCUAACCUUAUUUCUGUGUGGCACUCUGCUCUUUCUGAUUGGCUUCUUUCCGGCUUCAUACAACGUUGCAGAGCAAGAAAAUACCUUGCCAAUUGACCGGCCAACAACACUGCAUGGAGAAAACCUGCAGAUCCCGACGGCCAGUUAUGACUCAUUCAUACUGUUUCUGAUUGAUGCCUUGCGUGCGGACUUUCCCAAUGAGUUCACCAUGCCAGCGGCCCAUAAGAGGGCUUGUGCCAAGCUCAGUCUGCACGUGGACAUACCGACAGUGACAAUGCCACGGCUGAAAAGUAUCACUACCGGCACACUGUCCAAUUUUAUAGACAUUGCGCUGAAUGUGGGCCACACGGAACAGGUUGAGGAUUCGCUGCUGCAUCGCUUGAAAGAGCACAAUGCUGUUGUUUCUUUUGCUGGUGAUCACACCUGGGUGCAUUUGUUUCCCAGUGAAUUUACGCGCAUUGCCGCCAAUAAUGAUUCAUUUUACGUCAACGAUUUCUAUGAGGGUGACAGAAAUGUUACCAAAGUGUUGGAAACGGAAUUGGAAAUGAAAGACUGGAAGCUGCUCAUACUACACUAUCUGGGCCUGGAUCACAUUGGACACGUUGAGGGUAAUGAGAGUCCAAGGAUAAAGCAUAAGCUUAAGGAAAUGGAUGACGCUAUCAAAAAGAUAUUGGAUCACAAGAAUAUGACCAACUAUUUACUUAUGCUGACUGGGGACCAUGGCAUGGCUGAUGGCGGUGGUCAUGGCGGCAACACACCCGCCGAGACCUCAGUGCCACUCUACUUGUACAGCAAUAACUGCAGCAAAUAUGCAGCGAGCACGAAGCGUUACAAUCAAAUUGAUUUGACCCCAACGCUGGCUUUGCUGCUGUCCAUUGAGAUACCCACCAUGUCCAUUGGUUGCUUGAUACCCGAGAUGCUGCAAACAUUAUCGCUGGAGCAUCAAAUGUACGCCUUCUUCUACAAUGCACAUCAUCUACUCAACAAGGCUCGUGUCAAGUUUGGACAUGAUAAUGUUCGGCGUAGUGACUACUAUCACUGGUAUCAGGAGGCCACAUUGUUGCACAAGCAGCUGUUGCAGCCUCUGCGCCUUGGGGAUGGCAGCUUAGCUAGCCGCGUGCAUUACGAGAAUGCCAAGCUAAACUAUUUGCGCGUGGCACGUGAGAUUAGCGGCCAACUGUCCGAGUCACUAGUGAAAUUCGAUUACGGAUUCAUAGCCGUGGGACUGGCACUCACUACGGCGACCUCAUUGCAUAUAUUAUUGAGCGUGUUAUUCAUCGAUAUGGCAACGGAGCAGUUGCAAUUGUAUCGCUUGAAAGUGGGUCAGCUGCUGCUCUCGCUGGCAAUUGGGAUUGCUCUGAAUGUGGGCAGUCAUUUGCUGGACUUUGUGCUGACCAGUUCCAUGCUGCAGGGCCUAUUAUUGCUGUUACCCAUUGUUGCCGCCGUUUACCUAACAAUUGAUGUUGCGCAGGCGCUGCUCAAGAUUCUGUUGCCGCCUCUCUAUUCGAGACACCUGAAGCUAUCCAUACCGCUGCCGGUGCCACUGCUGGUAUGCUAUGCCAUACGCAUCCUCACACUAGGCUCUUCGUCCUUCAUUGAAUUUGAAUACAAGACCUGGUACUAUCUGGGCAACACGCUGCUUAUGCUCAUCGCCUUGAAGACACUUCGACGUCGCAUUACCAAAGCGAAUGUGGAGCUGGAUGGACGGCAUUUGCACAAGAUUGCCUCCACUUGCCUCUGGCAACAGCGCAAGAUCUUCGUGGUGCUCAUCCUGCUCAUUCUGAUGCGUUAUCUCCACAGGCUAGCGGCCAUUAAGAGUACACUGAUGCUCUUCUCAUUGCUGCUGUUUUGGGCGCGUCUGCGCAAGUUUACCGAUACACCGCAGGCUGUUUUCAACGGCUUCGCAUUCCUGCUGGUGUACUGCUUUCGUGGCCUGAAUGGGCAGGUGCAGUUUUUCGAGCUGCCCCAAUAUAUGGUAGGACGCUUUCUGUUGCCUGUGCUGGUGCUCUUCUGGUGCUGUCUGGCGCUGGUUCUGGUGCUUGGCUAUAGGACAGCUCUGCCGCAUCAGCGGGAAAGUGGACGCAGCUUGCUGGAUGAGCAGCCGAGGAGCAAUUUGCUGAAGUUGCUGCACACCAAUUUGACCUGUUCGCUAAUGCUGGUGGCGCUGCUGUACAAGGUGCAGAACGUCGUGCUGCUGCCCACGCUCCUCAUCACGCUGGACGAGACGUACAAGCUGUGCGAGGCUUAUGGGACAACAGCGCGCAAAUUCUCGGUGCGAUUGGUGCAUGUCUACAAGACGAUAAUGACCAUAUUUGUGGCCAGAAUGUUUUACUUCUAUCAGGGCAACUCGAACAGUUUGUCAACGAUUGAUCUGACGCCCGGCUACAUUGGCCAGACCAGCUACAAUCCGAUCAUUGUCGGCUUCUUUGUCACGCUGAACACAUACAGCGCUGAAAUACAUUCCUUCCUCUAUCUAAUUGUGCACACACUGCGUGCGGAUCUGCGUAGUGUUGGCAUCAUGCAGCUGCAGCCCUCGUAUGCCCGGGCAGCCCAUUCCUUGGUUGCGCCUCUGUAUGCGGCCCUGGUUCUGCUGCCGGCGGCUUUCUACCUCCUGCUUAUGGUUGGCUUUCGCUAUCAUUUGUUCAUCUAUUCCGUCUUUUCACCGAAAGUGCUGUACGAUUGUUAUACUGUGUUUGUAUUCUAUUUGGUAUUCCUAACAACGAGUUUGUACUUUAAAUUGUUUAAACAUGAGGCUUAAAUAUUAAAUAAUUUAAAAGCUUUAAAACCUAA